GCAGAGCGGCUGAUGGCGGCCUCUGCAAUGGUGUCCGGGUGUCGGGCAGAGGUGGCCGCAGCGCAAGAAUUUAACGCUCUCAGAAGUAUACUGUGGAACCAAAGAAGGCAAAACCACCAAGGGUCAUCUGAAAUUGUACUUGGCUCACUGAUAAUCCCCGGACAAAAUUAGAGAUCACUACUCAAGCAUAAGCUGACCCCCCAGUGUUCCUAAGACUGCUACAAAGAUGUUUGACAUAAAGGCUUGGGCUGAGUAUAUUGUGGAAUGGGCUGCAAAAGACCCAUAUGGGUUCCUUACAACAGUUAUUUUGGCCCUUACUCCACUGUUCCUAGCAAGUGCUGUACUGUCCUGGAAAUUGGCCAAGAUGAUUGAAGCCAGGGAGAAGGAACAAAAGAAGAAACAAAAAUGUCAAGAGAAUAUUGCAAAAGCUAAACGACUCAAAAAGGACUGAAGGAAUGUAUAGGCUCUGCAACCAGAGAAAAAUCAUUUGGAAAAUUAUGCAGCUUUGGAAGGACUCACUAAGGUUUCUUUGGAUUUCAUGAUAGUA